AUGCUAAUUAAUAGGUUCAAGAUUCUUUUACCAUUAGUUAUAAGUGGGAACCAAAGUGCCUUCGUUCCUGGAAGACUCAUUACCGAUAGUGUUCUCAUUGCUUAUGAAUGCCUGCACAACCUAAAAGCGAGGAAAGAUGGUAGGCGAUGUUAUGUGGCUAUGAAGUUAGAUAUGAGCAAAGCAUAUGACAGAGUAGAAUGGAAAUUUAUCGAGAUGAUGAUGUUGAAGAUGGGUUUUAAGGCAGAUUGGGUUCAUAUUAUUAUGAAGUGCGUUUCAACUGUAUCCUACUCCUUCCAAAUUAAUGGUACCAUUUAUGGAAAAGUUAUUCCAAAUAGAGGGUUAAGACAAGGUGAUCCAUUAUCUCCUUAUCUGUUCCUCAUUUGUGCAGAAGGUCUCUCGGCUUUAAUUAAGCAGGCAGAAAGCAAGAAAGAGAUAUUUGGUCUAAAAGUGGCGAGAGAAGCUCCCUCUAUUAGUCAUCUAUUCUUCGCUGACGAUAGUUUACUCUUCUUGGCGGCUAAUGAGGGAUCAUUGCAUUCAAUCCAACAAAUUUUCGCAGUUUAUUCAAGAUGCUCAGGACAGGUAAUAAAUUUCAAUAAAUCUAUUCUCUGUUUUUCGUCAAAUACAAAGGAAGAAAUGAGGAAACUGUAUUCAGAAGCCUUAAAUAUGCAGACAACGGAGGCCAUUGAAAAAUAUUUGGGUUUACCUAUGAUAGGUGGAAAGAACAAAACUGAGAUUUUCAGACCAAUAAAGGAUAAAAUAUGGGCAAAACUUCAUGAGUAUCAGGCAAAGCUUUUUUCACAAGGGGGUAAGGAAGUACUGGUCAAAGCUGUUAUCCAAGCAAUGCCCACCUACCAAAUGUCCUGUUUUAAAAUUCCAGAGGGUAUCGGGGAAGAGAUAGAAAAAUUGAUAGCAAGAUACUGGUGGGGAUCAGUUGACAACAAACAUAAAAUUCAUUGGAGAGCUUGGCAUAAGAUUUGUAAACCAAAGAGUGAUGGAGGUUUAGGUUUUAGACGGUUCAGCCAAUAUAAUCAAGCUCUUUUGGCAAAACAGGCAUGGAGGAUCUUAAUGAACCCCAAAUCAAUAUUGGCUCAAGUUUUGAAAGCACGAUAUUUCAGGCUCACGAAUAUUCUACAGGCAGAAAAGGGAUCAUAUCCGUCACCAACUUGGCAAGGAAUUCUAUGGGGUAGAGAUUUGUUAUUAAAGGGUCUUAGACGGAGUAUAGGAAAUGGUAAAGACACAAGGACAUUCAGAGACCCAUGGUUACCAAGACCACCUUCUUUCCUUCCUAGCUCAGCUCCAGCGUAUGAGGUGGCAAGAGUGUCAGAUCUUAUUGAGUCACCUGGAUGUUGGAAUUUUACCAUAAUACAACAACACUUUAAUCCUCCAGAUGCAGAAUGUAUUUCUUCCAUCCCGUUGAGUCCAUUCAAUCAUGAAGAUGCGUGGUUUUGGCAUUAUACUAAUCAUGGUAAUUAUUCUGUAGGCAGUGGAUAUAACACUGCGAUGACUUUGGAUAAGUCAUUACCCUCAUCAGCUAGUGAUGUGUUCUCAACAUGGUGGAAGCAAUUCUGGGGAUUAAAAAUACCCAGGAAAAUUUUACAUUUUGCGUGGAGGGGUUUCCAUGAAAUCUUGCCAACGCGUAUUGGAUUGGAAAAAAGAAAAAUAGUUUCUAAUAAUUCAUGUGAGUUAUGUGGAUUUGGAGGAGAGUCUAAUGCUCAUGCUAUUUUCUGGUGUCCCUUUGCACAAGAAAUUUGGAAACUUCUGGAGUUUACAUUUCUACAUGAGGUGAGAGAGGUAAUUGAUUUUAAAAAUGUGAUAUUAUAUGCUGCUGAGGUGGUAGAAAAGGAUUUGUUUGAGAAAAUUAUUAUUAGUGCUUGGGCCAUAUGGACGGAGAGAAACAAAAUUACUCAUGGUCAACAUUUAGGACAACCACAACAGAUUGUUAAUUGGAUUGACAGUUAUUAUGGAACUGUUGUAUCUGCUCGUGAAGGAGCCAAGGUUAGUAGCCUUCCUAUUCAAAGAAAUAGAAAUAGUUCAGAAGUUCUACAUAGGGAUCCACAAGAAGAACAGAGACAUACAAUACUUAUGGUUGAUGCAGCAGUACUGAAUAAUACAAGUUCAGUUGGUUUAGGGGCUAUUAUCCUUUCAGAAGAUAGAAGGGUAAGGGCAGCAGUUUGCAAGCCUCUCAAAGCAUUGUUGAUUUUAUCGUUUUGGGGUUACGUCUCUUGUGGUAGUUUGCCUUUAACUUUGACUCAUAAUUUUCAUUGUGGUGUUUUCUGGUUUGUUAUGUCUUCAGGAAGUAUCUCUGUUUUACAAGCGGAGACCUUGGCACUUUUGUUUGGACUUAAUUGGGCUCUUUCAUGCGGAAUCCAAAUUAAAGAGGUUUUUUCCGAUUCUCUGUCUCUAGUCACAGCUAUAAACAAAGGAAAGGUUUUUUUCAACGAGCUGGGUGUGCUUUUUGAGGAUGUCAUAGCUUUAUUGUCUAAACUCCCGGGAGCAGUUUUGUCCCAUGUGGCUCGGAAUAUGAAUUCUGCAGCACAUGGUUUGGCAAAACAUGCUCUUCGGUUAGACAAUGAGCUAUCCUGGUUCGAGGAGGUGCCGCCGCCGAUUGUGGAUUGCUGCUUUGUUAAUCAUGUGUGA